GGCUGGGGGGCGCUUGCAGGUUGUAGGUGGGUUCAACGAUUCUUUGGUUUGUAGUUGGUUAAAGAAGUGAAGCCUCGUCUAAAGGCUUGGAAUGUUUUGAGGAAGUCGGUUGAUCAGAGACAAGCCCCUGUAUCCUCAGUAGACGCACAGGACCUGUUUAGCAGUUGAUGGCCUGCACGUGUGCAUUUAACCUUUGCUCUGCAGGGCCUGAGGUCCUGUUAAUAAUUUAGCGUCUUGUUGUCGCAGAGUCUGUUUUGUCAGACUUAGGAUCUCUUGUUUGAACAUUAAUGCUGGUCACUUGUCUCGACUCCAAGGGAAGGAGGCAUGCCUGACCUCCCUUCCCUUCAUGGCCAGGAGCUCAAUUUUAAGGUUUUCUGGGGUCCCCUUGCCCAAAAGGGGCCCCAUUUUGUCAGUGGAAGCCUUGGGAUUUUCUCUUAGUUCACACCAGGAAGAGGCGGAAGCAGCAGGAAAGUUUACAUGGACUAUAAUGCAACCACGCCCCUGGAGCCAGAAGUUAUCCAGGCCAUGACUGAGGCCAUGCAGGAAGCCUGGGGAAAUCCCAGCAGUCCUUAUCUAGCAGGUAGAAAGGCCAAGGAUAUUAUAAACGCCGCCCGGGAAAGCCUGGCGAAGAUGGUAGGUGGGGCGCCCCAAGACAUAAUCUUCACUUCCGGGGGCACUGAGUCAAAUAAUUUAGUGAUCCAUUCCGUGGUGAAACACUUCCACGAAAACCAGGCCUCCAAGGGGGACGCAGCUGAGCACCACAGCCCCGUGGCGGGGGCCAAGCCCCACUUCAUCACGUGCACGGUGGAGCACGACUCGAUCCGCCUGCCCUUGGAGCACCUGGUGAAAGAGCAAGUGGCCGCGGUCUCCUUUGUCCCGGUGUCCAAGGUGAGCGGGCGGGCGGAGGCCGAUGACAUCCUCUCCGCUGUCCGCCCCGCCACCUGCCUCGUGACCGUCAUGCUGGCCAACAACGAGACCGGCGUCGUCAUGCCCAUCCCUGAAAUCAGCCGGCGCGUCGGAGCCCUGAACCAGAAGCGGGCCGCCGCGGGGCUGCCGCCCGUCCUCCUGCACACGGACGCCGCGCAGGCGCUGGGGAAAAGGCGCGUGGACGUGGAGGAGCUGGGCGUGGACUUCCUCACGAUCGUGGGCCACAAGUUCUAUGGCCCCAGGAUCGGUGCGCUUUACGUCCGCGGGCUCGGCGAGCUCACCCCUCUGUACCCUAUGCUGUUUGGAGGCGGACAGGAGCGGAAUUUCAGGCCAGGGACAGAGAACACUCCGAUGAUUGCCGGCCUUGGGAAGGCCGCUGAGCUGGUGACCCGGCACUGUGAGGCUUACGAGGCCCACAUGAGGGACGUCCGGGACUACCUGGAGGAGAGGCUGGAGGCUGCGUUUGGUAAGAGGAUCCAUCUCAACAGCCGGUUCCCAGGGGCGGAGCGGCUCCCCAACACCUGCAACUUCUCCAUCCGCGGCCCCCAGCUCCAAGGCCGUGUGGUGCUCGCGCAGUGCCGGACGCUGCUGGCCAGUGUGGGGGCCGCUUGCCACUCGGACCACGGGGACCAGCCAUCCCCGGUGCUGCUGAGCUGUGGCGUCCCGUUCGACGUGGCCAGGAACGCGCUCCGGCUCAGCGUGGGCCGCAGCACCAGCCGGGCGGAGGUGGACCUUGUUGUGCAGGACCUGCGGCAGGUGGUGGCCCGGCUGGAGGGCCAGGCCCAGUGUGGGGGCCACCCUUCCUCAUAGGAAGCCCGCUGCCGCCAGGCACCGGGCGCUUUGCCUUCCAUCCCUCCCUGGGCUGUGCCAGGAUGACGUCUUAUUCUCCAAAGUGCGGGUGCGGUGCGUGUGCCUUGGGCUUCUGCCCGGGACACCAGCGCCCGCCUAGGGCCACCCCCGGCCGCAGCUGCCCCGUGGGGACACUGAAAUGGAAACGCUUCAGCCCGUCCACACCGCCCCCUGGGAAGUGGGCCAGCCUGCCGUGGGCUUCCCUUCCCGGAAGGUGGUGUUUUUAUCUGGGAGAUAAAAUGCAAGUAUUUAUAAUUCAUUUUCAGCCAAUCGCAAUCAUGGAAAUAGGAAACGUUUUGCUUCGAUCACGGCCCCCUCAGGGCCCUCCCCCAGCCCUCAUCAAAUGCCCUCCAUCAGCCCUGCCCUUCCAGCCCAGCGUGCAGUGACCCCAGCCAGCUGUGGCCCCUCAGCCAGGCCACUCUGCCUCCCCCUGUCCCAGUGUGUCACUCGGCGUGAGCCCGUGUGCUCCUCUGCGGGGCCGAGGGCCUCCUCCCGCCUGAGCGCUCGCGUGGCUCGGCCCCCACAGAGUCCGGGGUGGCCGGUGCUUGUGUGACCUGGGUCGUUCCUGGGGGAGAAGAUGGGAUUGUCCCCGGCCCGGCUCCCUCCUAACUGCAUUUGCAAAGGGCCCUUUUACCCCCCACGAGAUGCUCCCAGUGUCCGGGCGCGCACCACGGGCUGAGAUGCAUAGGAGAGAUUCAGCGCACGAGCCCACGGGGGUACAGAGAACUACACGGUGCUCAGGAAACGGCUGUCAGAAAUGAAAUGAAAUGAAUUAAAGAUCUCAGGCCCUGG